AUGUUUUCGCGACAUUUUGGAACCUUUCUUCGAAACCAUUAUGUUUUUCAAACCUUCAGUGCCCAUUUCCGAAGAUUUCUGGCGACUGGCUUUAGCAACAGGUUUUCUUUGAGGGUGGCAACUCUUCUGCCGCUGGGUAUCCUCAGAUCAGCGGUUUGCAAGGAAAAUGAAGAUCAGGAAGUGAGACGACCCGGCCGGAAGCGAACCAUGAGCAAGGUCAAGUUUGAUACGUGUCUGGAGGGCAAGGCACAGGGCUAUCUGAACACCAUUAAGGCGCGCUGGGAGCAGCUGCACAAGAUUUCUGGACUGUUUUCAUAUCAGCUAAGCAAAACUCCACAGGGUCGGACAAUUCCAGGAUAUUGGGGCUUCUACACCGAGCUGAACUCAGACCGUUCCCUUAAACGCCGUCGACCGCAGACCAUCGAGAACCUUAAUCCUACUUUCAAGCCCAGUAUGUUCAACUUCAAUAAGGUCGACGUUAAGGAGGUAAUCAUGACAAUUGAUGCCCACGGCAGUCCUGAAGUCCAGAUGAUCAUCAACAAGAGUCCCAUUACCAAGUAUCAUUCUCUAAUCUGUCCGGAAGUGUCGAAAAAUCAAGUCCAACGGAUUACCCGUGAUAUUUUAGAGUUCUGUAUCACCUUCAUGCGGAAUAUCGAUGACAAGGACAUGCGUAUGGGAUACAAUAGUCCGGGAGCUUUGGCCUCCGUCAAUCACCUGCACUUUCACCUUCUUCACAUGCCCCAGGAUCUGUAUAUAGACCAAGCCCCUUUGGAGGAGUUGGUUGGGGGAUAUGUAUAUCGCUUGAGUAGAAGGGCGCCAACAGAAGCUAUAUGUAUUGUUUUUAACGAAAAUGAUAACGAUGAACAGGUGGCUGAGAAGGUUGAUCAGCUCUACAAGCUAGCCAUGUGGAUGUGCCAGAACAAUAUGCCGCACAACCUGUUCAUCACGAAGGAUCGGAAAUCUGAUAAAAGCGGUAACGUUCAGGUAUUCGUGUUUGCCCGCUCAGAAUACUGCGUUAACAAGGAUUUCGCCGAUUUUAAUGUGGGAUUUUGUGAGUUGGCUGGUUACAUUCCGCUGCCAGACCGCGAUAAAAUGGAGAAUCUGACGGAACUGCAGGUGCUCUUUAGGAUUCGCACUGUCACUGGCGAUGCUCCGAAGUCUGUGUAUGAGGAAAUUACGCAUAUAGUCGAAGGAAAAACUCUUUGGCACCUCCCUUUGACGAUAUGAGUUGCUAAAAUAUAAACAUCCAGAGGCUUUUUUUAGACUAA